AUGGGCACGUCUUCGAUGGAGUGGCACGUGAUGCAGUGCUUCGGGGAGCGCCUGCCCGGGGAGGAGGUGAAGGACGUGGACAUAAUAUCGGCGAUGGAGUUCGACGCGGGGGGCAACAACUUUGCGGCGGGCGACCACGGCGGGCGGGUGGUGCUGUUCGAGAAGGGGGAGCGCAAGCCCAAGGCCGUGGGGCCGGACAGCAGGCCCAGCGGGCGGGCCGAGCCCAACUUCGAGUACCGGUACCUGACGGAGUUCCAGUCGCACGUGCCGGAGUUCGACUACCUGCGCAGCCUGGAGAUCCUGGGCAAGAUCAACAAGGUGCGGUGGUGCGAGCCCAACAACCGCUCCCGCCUGCUGCUGUCCACGAACGACAAGACGGUGAAGCUGUGGCGGAUCUGCGAGCGCAAGGUGCGGCACCUGUCGGACUUCAACGUGAAGAACGUGAAGGGGGUGGAGGGGCUGAUCGGAUCUGUGCCGAGAAAGAGCGCGGAGGGCAAGGAGGGGCGGGGGCUGGAUCACCCGUCCCAGUUGCGGCUGCCCAGGGUGGUGGGGACGGAGAGCGUGCUGAGCUCCUGCUGCCUGAGGUCGUACGCCAAUGCCCAUGUGUACCACAUAAACUCCGUGUCCCUGAACAGCGACCAGGCCACGUUCCUGUCCGCGGACGACCUGAGGGUGCACCUGUGGAACCUGGAAGUGUCGGAUACGAGCUUCAACAUGGUGGACAUGAAGCCCAACAACAUGGAGGACUUGGAGGAGGUGAUCACCUGCGCAGACUUCCACCCCCACCAUUGCAACAUUUUCACCUUUGCCAGCAGCAAGGGCAUCAUCAGGCUGGCGGACAUGCGGAAGUCUGCCCGCUGUGAGAGCUACGAGCAAGUGAUGGGGAUAAAGCUCAACCCAGAGGGCAAGUCGUUCUUUUCUGAAAUGAUCAGCAGCAUAUCAGACCUGAAAUUCAGCGCCGACGGGAGGUACAUCCUGGUCAGAGACUACAUGACUCUCAGGUUGUGGGACAUGCACAUGACCACCGCUCCGGUGGCGACUUACAACGUGCACGAACAGCUGAGGUCGGGUCUGUGCCAGCUGUUCGAGAACGAUGCCAUCUUUGACAAGUUCACCUGCUGCUUCAGUCCAGAUGGACAGCACGUUGCAACGGGGACGUACAACAAUUUGUUCCGGGUGUUUGGGCGCGGCGAUGGGACGAAUAUGUGGCAGGAGUCGUCGUGGGAGUCCCAGGCUCAGGUGGGGGACGCGGUCGAAGGGAAGACAGGCAAGAGUGUGUGCCCAGCAAAUGGAUUGGCUGUUGAUAACCUCAACUCUUCAUCCAAGAUUUUGCAUCUCUCCUGGCAUCCCAGUCAACCAGUGAUGGCGGUGGGCGCCUGCACAAGCCUCUACUUGUUCUACACCAGCUAG